AUGUUCUUUACUGACGUCUACGAGGUGCAAGUACACAAUGCUCUCGUUUUCAGAAACAACGAUUCCUUCGUGGAUUUACUGACCGGCUACUGUUACCGCCUGUGGAGCAAUCGCGCCUCGAAAUGCCUGAGUGUGUCCGAAUUCGAACGCAUCACCGCCAACAAUGACCUGGUGCCUGUCAUUGAGUUCAUAUUUCAUCACCAAGGCGACCCUAUCGACGCUGUUCGCGAAUCUGCCCUAGACACCUUCGAGCUUCUGAUUGGCUGCCACCUGAAGACGCUGCCAGUCAGCGAGAAACCUUCGUCCUUCUUGAAUGACCUCCUCUGUCGAGUUGUGCGCCAACCGCUCUGGCAACGCAACACCCUCCUCCUCGUUCACAGGCUCUUUUCAGCUGUCUUCCGUGGAACCCAACUGACGGGCACGCAGGCCAUUGGCUGGCUGUUGUCCGCCGGUUUCCCACUCAGCAACGAAGUUGACUCACGUCAGGCAAUGGUGUCUCAGAGCGGGUCCUUCGAACUUAGCUGCACCCUUAUUCUCACCUCUCAAGACGUUGCUCUGGCUCAAGCGGCCGGAGAGGUUUUUGCCCUCUUCGCCGAACGUCUCGCCUCCACCACCGCGAACGAUGCCUCAAGCGAACACUUCCACAGUUGGCUCUAUGCUCUCGUGUGGAUGGCGGCACAGCCCCGUGGAAUUCCUCGUGCCUUCCUGGACAAAGUGUUCAAUUUGGCACCCACCGUUUCGGCCGCGUUGAUUGACAAGUACGCCCAGUGUUUUACUGAGGACGGCUUGGCAACCCUCUUGCACGCUUACCGCUAUCGCCUGACCAAGAAGGGUCUCAGGCGGUCUCCUAUUGCCCCGCCAAAUUUGGCGCUUAUCGCUCGUGCCUUCCGGAGCCAAGAUUACCAGGCAAGUUGCCAACGCCGAGCCUUUCGCAUCAAUUUAUUUGCUUUUAUCUUUAUGUCUACUGAUCAGUCGAUUGGUGUGUUCGAGCUGCUGCUGUGCCAAGCCGGUCUCGGCGAUGCUGACUUGAUGCAUCUGUUUGUGGAAGUCGUUGACAUCGGCGCUAGCGUCUCCGACCAGGGCGCACGCAGUCGACUGUGCGGCGCCAUUUCUCGGGUGUCUUCGCACCUUCUUUCAUUUCUUCGACGCGAGAAGCACUUGCAGAAACGCCUGGAAAUAGUCAGCACACUCGCGGUACACAGUUUAGUCCUUAUUCCCAGAUUUCAAAGUAUUUCUAGCUGUGGCUUCUGUGCUCACUACGGAUCCUCACUCUUUCAGGAGGUGUUCACGCGGGCCUUCACGGCAAUUCUUCGUCACCUCCAUCCAGCCGGCGUUCCGCUGCGCGUGACAAACGCUCUCGCCUUUCUGUGCUCGCUCGUAGGGGCGUUGUCGGAGGACAGUGACCUGCCCAAGCCCCUCGCAAUGCUGUGCAAAGCUGUGAAGGACCUGACUGGUGGCUGCGGUGAUGCGGAAGGCGACGACACCUCGGCCGAAAAACUCUUCGUCUUCCUCACAGCCGGCCUCUGGAGCGGUUACUCGGAGGACAGGAAGAACGCUCUCAGGCUGCUUCGUGCCUUGAACCUCCUCGAAUUUGUGGAUCCUGCCUCGCUGGAGGAGCUGUGGACGGUGACUUUGACCAAGGUGGCAGCGAGUCCACAGCCGGAUGUGAACGUGGUCGCUGGCCACUUGCUGCGCAGUCUCCUUGGGGCUCCGUCACCGCCAAACCCCUGCCAUCACCGCCUUCCCGCAAGUCUUCUCGAUCUGCCGAUGCCACAACGGAUGCUGGCGACCAUCCACUACCUCCUGGACGGUCUCGAAUCGCAGCUGGACGUCGCCGAGGGCGGCAAGGGCGGACUGUUGGUGGUGUCUGUCACCGGACCCUUCUACGCCCUGCUCAUGCCACUCCGCGAGCUGCUUGAUGCCAAUUUCGCGGAACCGGAUAGCCUGGAGGCUCUUGUGCCCUGGGAGUCGUUCUUUGAGAGCGCGCCUUCUCGCCCAACGUCUGUUUGCUGUCGCCUGUUGAGCAUUGCGCUGCGCAUCGCACGUGUUUGCUCCGCCGUCAUUUUCCACUCGUCUCCGGAAGGCAUUCUCGUAAUGGCUGGUGAUGAUGAACGCACCACGAAGGUUAUCCCAAGCGGGGCUGGCGACCAGGCGGUGUCUGACCUGGCCUCGUUGCUGGGCGGUGACGCCGGCGAUGUCGACGCGGAGGUCCUGCGCAAGGUGGCCGCGCGGCCCGAGCACCUGGUGGUGAACUGCUGGCGUUCAGUGCGUGAAGUCGCCCUUCUCUUGGGCGGCAGCCUCACUCGACGCGGUCUCCUCACACCCGACCCACAAAUCUACACCCACCAGCUCGAACAAAUGGCCGACUUUUUCAUCAGCCAGCUAAUUCGUUCCAGACAUCCCGGCGCCUUUGAACUGACCGCGACGGGAUUUCAGUCGUUCUGCGAAAUCCUCCUGAGUGUUCAGCACCCAGAAGACCUCUGCAAGUGGCCCGAGCAAUGGUUGAGUGUUGUCAUAAACGACCUGACAGAUACGUCCAUUCUUCCAGUCACCUCGGCGACCGGCCGCCUUCCGCUGAAGUAUCUCCGAGACGCUGAUUCGUCGCCCUACUGCCCCACGCGUCGUUCCGCGGGUCUUCCCUUCUUUGUCCAGGUAAUCAACCUUGAUCACGGUUCCCAGGAGCCCACUAGUGACCUCGUCGUAUCGAUCGUCUUGCGUCUAAGUGGGUGCUGGCGGUGCAAGACCACUUCGACCGCACUGCUGGUGGUGCUAUGCAAUGCCGGCAAGCUGGCGGACCUCCUGAGCCAAACGACCAACGCGCUCCUCGCUGUGGCGCGUCGCGGUGCUGAAGCCACAACGGAGUCGCCAGCGUGUAAGCACCAGGCGAACCUUCCACUUGCCGAGCGGCACCUCCACUCCCUGAACGUGCUGCGGAUGCUCGUUCGCGAUGCUGCAAUCGGACCCAACAUGACGCCCCACCUCGAGGCGGUUCUCAUCUGCGCCUUCGAGGGUUUCGACUCGUCCUACUGGAUGGUACGCAAUGCCGCGCUGAUGCUCUACAGCGCCAUGAUGGAGCGCAUCUUCGGGGUCAAUCGAACACGGGACUGUGAGAGCAAGAAAAACAGGAUGGCCUCUUCUGUGUUCUUCUCCAAGUUCCCGCUGAUGCGCGAUUUUAUCCUCAAGGAACUCGAAGAGGCGAUCGGUGGACUGCGCUCGCCUACCAUCGGUAAGACAAAAUUAUUCGCACUUUUGAACCUCCUGAAGCGCUUCCUGCCUCCGAUCCAACUGGCCACAACCGACGGUACCGUGGUGCGGGCCUUUGUGCCGCUAGUUUUUAAGUGUGUGGGGGCUGCGGAUAUUCGAAUCCGACUAUUGGCUGCCAAGGCCCUGAUUGCGCUCCUGAAACCUGCCUGUCUGCCGGGUCUUGCGCGCAAUCUUCUUGCGACAGUAUCUCCAUACUUCACGGCCACUGGGUCUCCGUGUCUUCGGGUUAACCUCGUCCACGGCAUGCUUCUCCUGCUCUUGGAGGUUCUCAAAAGUGAGUAUUGGCCGGGCUGCAAUAGGAAUGCAAUCGAAAACAGCCCGUAUCGUGAGUGCCUCGAUGAAUCGUCGUCCAUUCUCUCCGCCCUGGCGUCGUUGUGUCUCAAAUCCCCACCCAAUCGGUUUUGCCCGCUUGUUAGACAAGCCUGUUUGGCUUGCUUCAUUGCCUUCGACUCACCGGAGACACUGCCGAUUGGCCAAACAGAACUGCUGGCAUCCCAUUCCUCGUCCCCGGGCGCUCUCGAUGUGUCCAGCAUGGCUCUUCUCGUCAAAUUCCAGGGCACGCUUAAAUCGCACAACCCAACCUUGAGAGAAUUUAUGCAGGACUCGUUGAUUGGAAGUAAUGCUGAGUUGAAGCGUGUCGCGCUAGGACUUGUGGUGAAGCACAUCACAGACAAAAGUACCGAUUUGCUCAAGUGUCGGCGCCUGCUGUGGUACGAAGAAAUUGUCAACCUACUUGCCGACGUUUCAACGUCGCCCUUCUGCUUCCAGCACCGCGGGCCGUGCCCCGAUGUGGGGGCGUUUACUUCGCGGCUUUGGGAUGAACUUGUCGCUUCCCUGACGCGCUCGUGCCAGCCCCACUCGAUGGUAGGCUUGCAUGCCGCACAGCUGCUCGCUUACGUAGCCACCACUUCACCCGAGGACCUGGUCACGUGCAACCAGCUGUCACCCCGGUGCAGUCAGCUGGUUGCCUCCGAGCGCGGCGUUUCCACCCAUGUCGCGCCUCUUCUUACCGUGUACGCGGCACUCUCACCAGCCGACGAACACACCAUCGACCUUCUCUCCGAGUACAUCGACCCAACACGCUCCUCUUGUCACUGGUCUACCCGAGCCGAGGCUCUCUUAGCAGUCAAUCUUUUGCUUACUCAUAAAACAGGUAAGGCGCGAAUUCGCCGACUUUUACUGACUUCAUUCAAAGCCUUUUCCAACGCAGACAUCAGAGGACACUUCAAUGUGUUCGCGGCUGUCUUAUCCAGUCUGGUUCUGGAGACCGAUGAUGACGUUCUUUCGUUAGCCGCUGAAACAGCCCACAAAUUGUUGCCGAAAUCGGACCACCUCCCACAAAAGCCUCUGCCGCCGGUUAUUCUGCCUCCAUUUCUGGCAGCCACCAUGUCCCUAUUCGGAAUGGAUGCUCUAUCAUUCAUUCUCGACUGGUUCCAGAAAAAUCUCGUGGCAAACCCAGCAAAAGACGUUGAUAGCGAACAGACAUCGCCGCGUGUCUUUGUGCCCGAGGCGUGCGCUGUUGGUUCGAGUCCUGUUGAAUUCGCUGUUCUCUUGGCCUCAGCAAUUCGUAAGUGGGCCUUCAGUCCGCCAACAUCGAAAGACAAACUCGCAUUGGUCCUUGGCGAGUUACAGAAGCGCCAGUUGUCACGCUUGCUGCCUGAACUUUCAAAGAUGAACUUCUGCCGCAAAGAUGGGCACAAUGUGUUUCUUCGAAUGACCUCGACCUUGUUUGCACGGUUACAAAGGGUUGUUGAAAAACAACUGUGCGUGUAG